CCACACUUUAUGAAACGAGGUGGAAACUGAAUUAGACAUAUACUGUUUGGAGGCUUAAUCGUAUUGUGGUUUAUUAUCAAAGCAACGUUCUUACAUUCAGUCCAUUAAAAGCAAAAAACAGCUCUGGAAGAGGGGUGGAAACAAGUUGCAGAGAUUAAAAGUUCACAUUUUGUCCAACACGCAAAGCUCAAGACCAGUGUAUACGAUAGGACAUGAAGUGAUCUUUAAUGGAAUGACAAAGAUUUCAUUGACUCCAAAGCCUCUGGAAAAAUUCUUUAACAGCACAACUUCAGAUUUCAGACUUAUUUAGGCAUUGUGACAUUUUCAAGUAUUGAAUAUUUCCAGUCAAAAUGGUUCCAGGCUUUACAAAGAUCAAGGCUGAACGCUGUGAAAAAUAGUGAUUCUGUGGAAAGUGCAAUCAACAACUCCAGCAACCCAGAUUGUAUUGUGAACAGAUGUGUUAGGGCAGAUUCUCAUACUUCUGGCAUUAAAGAAAACAUUAAGGAGAAAGAUGAAGUUCUAUGAAUCCAAUUCUCAUCAGCCCAAAUUCAGUGAUGGUGAUGGUGGUAAUGAUGCAGAUGAGAUGCCCAGAAUGGCUACAUUUUUCCAUUCCCUUUUCAAAAAACACAGAGCCUUCAGUUUCAGGAAAAGACCGACUUCAUUGAUUGUUUUCAGAGAGGCUUCCAAGCAAAAAUCCAGAUUGUCCUUCAUGGACAGACUCCGAUCACUCAAAAGGCUCAAGUCAAUAGAAUUCUUCAGGCUUCGAUUUGCCAGGAACAUAAGACACAGAACCUCUAAUAUAUGGAGUCGGCGUAAAGGACAGACGCUAAAUGGUGUUUUGACGUGUGAUCAGGCAUCAGAUAAAAGAAAGUUUAGACAUACAUUUGCAGGAGAUUUGCAAGACUUUGACACUACUGGAGCUGCAAAUCUAAUUAGCACUGCUCUGGAGACAGUUAGCAUUGAAGAUGCAGAAGCCCAUGAGGUUAACAAAAGGUGGAAUAAUGUACAAACAUGUCUCGAAGGUUCAAAUAGAAAAACAUUUGACCCAAAUAUUAAAAGUUGUUGCAAUUCCAUAACUGCUUUUGCAGAGGAUCCAAAUAAUAAAUACAUGAAAAUCCCCGAAGAAUAUAAACAAAGUAGCAAAAUGAAUGUUUUAAAUUACUUGAAAAAUAUGUCACUAAAAAAGAAGUCAAACACAAGCUCUGCUGGUGAGGAAACAGACUGCAAUGGCCAAAAUUCAGGUGGAUUAGUUGACUGUGUGACUAUUAAGCAGGAAUGUGAGCAAAAUCAUUCAAACACAUUUAGUAGAAUAAAAGAUAGAAAAAACAUGUCAAAAGGUAUUGACUUCAGCAAGGUUGCAAAAUUAAUCAGCCGAGCAAGUAAACAGAGGAACUUUUCAGAUGUCUACACACAGUUUGAGGAGGCCCCAGAGGCUAGAUCCAUCAGUCAUAAGCAUGAUCUUCAGAUAGCUCCUAUUAUUCCGGAGAGCGGAGAUGGGAAAUGUGUCCUGCUGUCACAGUCUUGUCUCACUUCAGACCAUGGAAUAUGUAACCCACUCAGUCAAUCCAGAUCACCAGAAAGCCGACAAUUACAUGAAGUAAUAAGGGCUGACAUUUCUGUAAGGAGAUGUAACUCGGAACUACCUGACUUCCUCCCUCCUGCUUCACUCUCUCGUGAUGGAUCGAAGAACCCUGACAAUGUGGCAAAGUUUCAGGCUCCAAAUGUGGCUACUCAUUCUGAUAAGAUUGUUGAGUUCCCAGAAGAAUCUAGAGGUAAAAAAAAUGAGAUUCAACCACAUAAUCUAAGUGAAAUUGUACAAGGAGAUGAAGCUCCAACUCAAUGCCAUCACGCAAUAUUACCCCUAACAUCAGUGGAUGAUUCAAAUCAGGUCACUGCAAAGAAGUAUGUGGAUGAGCUGUCUCAUAAUGAAGAAAUUGGAAGAUGUGAAGACCUGAACAAUGAACAAACACAAGUAAAUUGCAAAAAACUACCACGUCCUGUAUCUGAUUGUGGUCAGUUUUGCAAUUGGCAAUGUGCAAUCCCAAAAGAAGACUCUCUUGCGGUAGCAGAUUUCAGUAAAAAGCCCAGAGCACUGGCAGACACAGCAGCACUUGGAAUGUCCAGCAACUCCUCACCAGCUUCCAAGAUAAAGCUGAGAAGCAAGCGAGCUAGGCAACGGCCAAUCUCUGUGAUAGAUGGAGCAACUCUUGUUGAACAUUGUGAGAAGACAAAUAAUCUUCAUCAACCAGCAAGUUGCCGCCCACCACCACCAAACCAAGUUCCACCUUUCAGAGCAGUAUCCGACAGGAAUCGACCACUCGUCUUGUCGCAGAGCACACCGAUAGGGCUCGAUCAAGUUGGCUGGAAAAGCCAUAUGUUGGUAAUGACAGAUGAUGCUGUACUUGGAAGUGAAAUGUCCCGAAACCAUGAAAAUAAUGGGGGUAACAAAUACUGCGCUGGUUUCUUUCAUGGCACUGUCAGACCUCUGAAGCAUGGUGCAGAGCAAGUACCAGUGAGUAAGCUGAUCAGUGGCGGUUACAUUGUCAGUGCUGAGGCAGUAUGGGAUCACGUCACAAUGGCCGACCGUGAGUUGGCAUUCAAAGCUGGGGACGUUAUUAAAGUCCUCGAUGCCUCUAACAAGGAUUGGUGGUGGGGACAGAUCGACGAUGAAGAAGGCUGGUUUCCGGCCAGUUUUGUGAGGCUUUGGGUGAACCAGGAAGACACUGUAGAUGAAGCCAGUAGUGAAAUUCAAAAUGGGCAUCUGGACCCAAACUCUGACUGCCUGUGCCUUGGCAGGAGUGUUCAGAACAGAGACCAGAUGAGGGCAAAUGUCAUCAAUGAAAUUAUGAGCACAGAACGACACUACAUUAAACAUCUGAAGGACAUUUGUGAGGGUUACCUUAGGCAAUGCAAGAAACGUAGGGACAUGUUCAGUGAUGAACAGUUGAAAGUCAUAUUCGGAAAUAUUGAAGACAUUUAUAGGUUUCAAAUGAGUUUUGUCAGAGACCUGGAGAAGCAGUACAACAAGGAGGAUCCUCACCUGAGUGAAAUUGGACCCUGCUUCCUGGAGCAUCAAGAUGGAUUUUGGAUUUACUCUGAGUACUGUAAUAAUCACCUGGACGCGUGCAUGGAACUUUCCAAGCUGAUGAAAGAUGGCAGGUAUCAACAUUUUUUUGAGGCUUGUCGACUCCUUCAGCAAAUGAUUGACAUUGCCAUCGAUGGCUUUCUCCUCACGCCUGUGCAGAAGAUCUGCAAAUAUCCACUACAGCUUGCAGAAUUACUCAAGUAUACAGCAUUGGAACAUAGUGACUAUAGAUACGUUGCUGCUGCUUUAGCAGUCAUGAGGAAUGUAACGCAACAAAUCAAUGAACGCAAAAGGAGAUUGGAAAAUAUUGACAAGAUGGCACAAUGGCAAGCUUCAGUCCUUGACUGGGAGGGUGAUGAUGUUCUGGACAGGAGCUCUGAGUUGAUUUAUUCUGGGGAAAUGACAUGGAUUUACCAGCCUUAUGGACGGAACCAGCAGAGGACAUUCUUCCUAUUUGACCAUCAAUUGGUGAUGUGUAAAAAGGAUUUAAUACGACGGGACAUACUUUACUACAAAUGCAGAAUUGAUAUGGACAAAUAUGAAAUAAAUGACGUUAUUGAUGGAAGAGAUGAGGAGUUUAAUGUUAAUGCCAAGAAUGCCUUCAAACUUAAGAACAAGGAAACAGAGGAAGUGCACUUAUUCUGUGUAAAGAAACCAGAGGAAAAGCAAAGAUGGUUGCGAGCACUUCACGAAGAGAGGAAAAUGGUUCAAGAAGAUGAAAAGAUAGGAUUUGAAAUCUCGGAGUAUCAGAAGAGACAAGCUGCAAUGACUGUAAGAAAAGUCAGCAAACAGAAAGGAGUGAACUAUACAAGGUCAUUACCUCCCUCAUACCCAGCACCCCCGGAUCCUGUCCAUCAGAGAAACUUCAUGCUCACUGAUGGUAUCCCUCAGGGGUCAAUGUAUGAACUAACGGAGCCCAAACGCAGCCAGUCACCAUUCUGGCAGAACUUCAGUAGGUUAGCACCCUUUAAAAAGUAAUAGGCCAUGUUAUUAUGGGAGGACCUAGCCCUUGUCGAUUACUCCUGGCAGUUAAAAACAAAAUGUGGACCAACAAACGAUGUUUGGAUCAUGGAUAUAGGUGAUUAAACCAUCUGCUGACACCUUCCCUGCUGAGCCUUGGUUCAAAGCAACAUUUUAGCUAAUUAUUUCUUAAUGUGGGUUCAACUGUUCAAAAAACAUACAGUGUGACAACAGAAGGUCAGAAAGGAAUACUGAAAUUGAGACUCAAACUCCAUCACAUUAUUUCAUUUGUGAUUAUGUGAACUUAGGUGUGCUCUUCAGUGCACUGUUAUGCAGCUGUACACAAA